CGCCUGCCCGCUCUCUCGCCCGCAGCCCCCCAUCCAGGUGUACGGGCUGGAAGGGCGCUAUGCCACCGCGCUCUACUCCGCCGCCACCAAGCAGAAGAAGCUGGACCAGGUAGAGAAGGAGCUGAGCCGAGUGUGGACUCUCUUGAAGGACCCCAAGCUGUCCAGUGUUGUUAUGAACCCUCACACCAAGAGCACAGUUAAACAAAAAGCUGUGAAUGAUGCCUUAGCAAAAGAGAAGAUGUCCCCUAUUAUUGUCAACUUGAUGAAUUUGCUUGCUGAAAACGGUCGCUUGCGUCACACUCCAGACAUUGUUUCUGCAUUUGGGAAGAUCAUGAGUGCGUACAGAGGAGAAGUGCUGUGCACAGUCACCACUGCGCAGCCCUUGGAUGAUGCCAGCCUUACUGAGCUAAAAAGUGCUCUGAGUGGAUUCUUGGCUAAGGGAGAGGUCUUAAAGCUGGAGACCAAGACUGAUCCAUCAAUCCUUGGUGGCAUGAUUGUCAAUAUUGGGGAGAAGUAUGUGGAUAUGUCAACAAGGUCAAAGAUCCAGAAGCUCAGCAAAAUCAUGAGAGAGACUGUCUAGUGAGCUGUCCUCAUCAUUCACAGUGAAACCUGUCGGACAGUUCCAGAAACAAUAAAAAUAUUUCUUCU